AUGAACGUGUCGCUGUCCCAUAGGGCAAACCCACGCGUCGCGACAGAGGUGCCACUAGACUAUGCCAAUGAGGACAAGCGGCCCCGUAAAAGACACCGGGCGUCGGCCGCGUGCGAGGAAUGCCGAUUGAGGAAAGUGAAAUGUGACGGCAAUCGACCCGUACGGAGGGGACGUGGCCCUGGGAUUGCCCAUGAUGAACUAUUAUCAUUGCAACGUCGAGUCCACGAGCUAGAAGAAGCUGCACAAGAUGCGAGACGGAAUGUGGACAAACCAGCCACUCUGCCUCCAUCAAGCAACGAAUGUAAUGCAGAGGCAAAUGCAAUGAUGGGCCUAGUAGAAGAUACCCACCGAAGCAUGUCAAACAACUUCGGAGACUCGAGUGCGCGGAGUUUCGUGAACCAGAUCAGGAACAUAAUUGAUCGGCAAAUUUCUCCCGCCUCUUCUCAUGGUCGGUCCACAACAUCGGUGGCAUCGCUGCCACUGAUCCCGGCGGCCCAGAUGAAAGAACGUCUCCAGACUUUCGAGUAUACUCUCCCAUCACGGCAGAGAGCGGAUCAUCUGCUGCGAUGCUACUGGCGCCUGGUGGACCCCCUGUAUCCAUUCUUGGAUAAGGACGACUUUGAGGCAACCUACCACAGCAUAUGGAGGGGGGAAGAUCUAGGCAUCGAGAGCAGAGUGUUUACCUGCCUUCUGAAUACUUGUUUCAGCAUCGCAUGUUUGCUGGAUUCGUCGACGAGGCCGCAAGACCGAGAGACCCAGGGCGUGGAAUUCUAUAAGAGGGCCAGGGAUUUGGUCACACUAGACUUGAUACGCCAUCGAUCCAUUCCCACAGUUCAAUGCUUCCUCUUGCUCGCUGAGUACCUCCGGAGUACAGAUGAUGCGCAGGAAUGUUGGACGUUUGUCGGCUUCGCGAUUCGUAUGGCGCAAAGCCUGUGCCUGGACGUACCAUCAACGAGCGUACAGACGUCCUCUAAUCAAAACCUGAUUAGGAAAGUGUGGCAUGGCUGUGUUCUGAUGGAUAGAGCACUCUCAAUGACCUUCGGGCGACCAUUUAUGAUCACAUCCCUAGCUGCCACUGAGAUACCCUAUCCAGUAGCCCACCCAAACUCUGCCAUUUGUACCUGUUACACCAUCCCGCAUCAACAGACCGCCACUGAUCUUGAUACUCAUUUUUUUAUUGAAUCCCUUAAGCUCUACGAGCUCACCAGCGCUGUGCUUCACACCGUAUACGGUGUGGCGUCAUCCGGGCGAAAGGAAAAUAGUGAAGACAAACUAGGGACAAGUGAGGACUAUUACAAUGUUUAUUUUGGGAGCUCUGGGCCCAGAGUGGCUGGUAACAUCCUGGAGAUGGAUAGCAAGCUCUCUUCAUGGAAGCGAGACUUGCCUAUUCAUCUUAGGUACGACCCAGCAUUCAAGAGAGAUGCAGCAAGCCUGCGACAGACUAAUACGCUUUGGCUGAGGUAUUGUCAUGUUAGAAUCCUUCUAUACCGGCCAGUCAUGUCCCGAUUGUGUUCCAAGGCUAGCAGUUCCGAUGAAACUAGUUCUCUUGAAGACGCAUUGCCAUCGAAGCUCGCGUUCCAGUGCUGCAUUUCAUGCACUAGGGCAGCUCUGGCGACAGUUCAGUUCCUCCAGUCCCAGUUUGAAGGAAAGACCCAGGAAGAAGUGGAUGAGGCACUACCUGCGUGGUGGUAUUGUGUGUUUUAUCUCUAUACUGCCGCGACAGUCCUAGUAGCGGCUCGGCUACAUGCAGCAGUGAACCAAGAAAUCGGCGAGGAGGUUAUCAUACGUACCUGGGGUGCAGCAAUGGAUAUAUUCCAGUUCUUAGCCCCCUUAACCAAGCAAGCCACACGAUGUGCAACAGCACUCAAUGUGCUAUUUGGCCAAGUGCCGCAUCUGAGCCAGCGGCAAGACCACAUGUCGUGUCAACGAAUUGCUCACAAUGGACGCCAUCUUCCCCACCAGUACCAACGACCACAUAGCUCUCACCCCCAGAAGCCGAGUCAUGAACGAGGUUCGGCCGUAGCACAAGCCAAUGACCAAGAAAGCGAGGAAAGUACGCAGAUGCCUUACUAUGCGCAAGAGCCUCAUGCACUACGCGACCGCCAAGUUCUCGAUUUCGAACUCGGACUCCCAAACAAUACCCACCCGUUUUCCCCUCCUCUGUCUUCUUCCGUGAUGUCAUAUUCCCAUACAAAUACGGCGAGCUUUCCCAAUAUAUUAGAACCGACUACUCUACAACUUGACCCAGAGGAUAUGUCCCGGCUGAGCUGUUUUCCAUUCCAGCCUUCCAGCGACCAACGGGGGCUAUGA